AUGGACCCGGCGACAUAUGUUGACCCUAGUCUGACCAGGCAAGAUCUGUUGGUGCUCAAGAGCCUUCUUCGGGACAUCAACGAGGCCAAGAAUCCAACAGCGCAACCUUUUUUGAAUGGCCAUGGCACUACGAACCGUCACACCAAGUCAACGAUCAAACCACCCCCGCGAACUCUUGAUGGCCCAGUCGCCGAUGUACCGCUCAAUGGCUCGUCGGCUGCCGAUGAAGCUGCUAUCAGGACAUUGGAUGCCCUCAAUGACCCGACUCAUAGAGACUUCGAACCAACGGUCUUCUUUUUCUGGGAUCUGAAAGAUCUCAAGCGGUUUCCCCUUGUGCAUGGCUACUUGAUACAGCCAUAUAUAAAAGUGGCGAGCAAAAUUGUCCGUGUUGAAACAGACAUUGUCAUGCUUACCCACCUACUACUGUACUUUGCGACGUCCGUCCCAAGUGCAAUCUACUUGUAUUACAAUUACCAUUGGCUUCACGGAGUCGUGCACUGGCUGAUGCAGGCAUACUAUGCAGCAACGUACACGCUCAUGAUGCAUCAGCACAUCCACAUGAACGGAGUUUUGGCUAAAAAGUAUGGGUGGUUUGACGCCCUCUUCCCAUACAUUACCAACCCGCUCAUGGGGCACACCUGGAAUUCUUACUAUUAUCACCAUGUUAAGCACCAUCAUGUCGAAGGAAAUGGCCCCGAAGAUCUUUCGUCAACCAUCUACUACCAGCGUGAUGAGCUUUUUGACUUUUUAUGCUACGUGACUCGAUUCUUCUUUCUCAUUUGGUUGGAGCUGCCUCUUUAUUUUGUACGCAAGGGCAAGCUGGCUUUGGGUGCAAAGGCAGCCUUCUGGGAGGUCGCGAAUUACAUUUUCCUUUAUCUGCUUACUCGUCUACAUUGGAGAGCAACCUUGUUUGUUUUCCUGUUGCCCUUUUUGCAGCUCCGCAUAGCGUUGAUGAUUGGCAACUGGGGCCAGCACGCAUUCGUCGAUGAGGCCGAUCCAACCUCCGAUUUUCGCUCCAGCAUUACUCUCAUCGAUGUGGCAAGUAACCGCCAUUGCUACAACGAUGGCUACCAUACGUCCCACCACCUUAAUCCCCGGAGGCAUUGGCGCGACCACCCAGCUGCUUUCCUGAAACAAAAAGCACGCUACGGCGCGGAACACGCGCUCGUGUUCCGCAAUAUUGAUUAUUUCAUGAUCACGGUCAAGCUUUUACAAAAGGACUACAUGCAUCUUGCCAAAUGUCUCGUACCUCUCGGUGACCAAAUGGAGCUGAAUUUCGAUCAAAUCGCGAAUAUGCUUCGAACAAAGACUCGUCGGUUUACCCAAGCGGAGAUUCGAAAGAAGUUUGGGCCGCAAGAUAAUUGA